AUGCCACAUAACGAUGCCCUUGUCAUAAGCAUUCAAAUUGCUCAGGCCAUGGUCGACCGAAUCCACGUAGACGAGGGUAGCGCAACCAAUAUCCUGCAACUGGCGGUCAUCCAACAGAUGGGCUUGGAGACAAAGAUCAACAAAUUAGCCAGAUUGCUAAUCAAUUUGAAUGGUGCAACAACAGUUACCGUGGGCACGAUAGACCUCGACGUUUACUUCCCACUUAUAAUCAGCUCGCAAACCUUCAUAGUCAUUAAUGAGGUCUCAACCUACAACGGCAUUCUGGGUAGACUAUGGAUCGGCAAGAUCAACGCCAUCACCUCCGCCACACAUCAGAAAAUUCGGUACCCAAUCCCUGGGGGUGGUGUCGGCCAAAUCAAUAGCGAUCAGGCAAUGGCGAGGAAAUGCUCCGCCCAAGGGCUGAAGAAAAGCAAACAAGCGCAGUUCCUCCCUCAAUCAAAGCGUCAGGACCAAGCUGAGGAAAUCCGUCCAGAGUUCUUUGCUGAAGAAGGAUGGAAACCUGAGGAAGACGUCGAGUUAAUACCCUUGGAUCCUGACCAACCAGACAAGAAAGAGCGGAUUGGCUGGUAUUUAAGCCCAGAAGAGAAGGUGGAGCUUACCACCUUCCAGAGCAACAAAGACAUGUUCGCAAGGUCGCCGUCAGACAUACCUGGCAUCGACCCAAACAUCAUCUGUCACCGACUCCACGUCAACCCUGCCUGCAAGCCAGUGGUGCAAAAGAGAUGCAGCUUUGCAUCCAAGCGAGUCGCUAUCAUCAAAGCUGAGAUUAACAAACUCCUAGCUGCCAGCUUCAUCGAAGAGGUCUCCUACUCAUAG